AUGUCAGCCUCCUCGCCGGAACAACAACAACAACAAACCCAACCGGCCCCCUGGCGCGACCCCUUCCUGACGCACCUCUCCCGCCUCCGGGGCCCGCCCACCUUCACCCUAGCGACCCUACACCCGGCCACGGCCUCGGAGGCGCCCUCCCCCGUCAUGCCCUGCCUGCCGCGCGCCCGGACCUGCGUCUUCCGCGGCCUGUGGGCCAGCCAGCCGCUGCCCGGCUACAAGCCGGAGGAGCACAACAGGGCGGCCGUCGCGCUCAACCCGCCGCUGUACGAGUCGGACCUGCCCGUGUUCACGACCGACGCGCGGACGGACAAGGCGGCCGAGAUCCUGGACUCGGCCGGCGAGGACGAGAUCGCGGCGUCCGGCGGGGCGUGCGGUGGGGGAGGGCCGGUGGAGGCUUGUUUCUGGGUUGAUGUCCCCUCUUCAUCAUCUUCUUCUGGGGAGGAGGGGGAGGGGGCCGGUCAGAUGAUGGUGAAGACGCAGUGGCGCAUCAGAGGACAUGCGUGGGUGCUGGGAGGGGAUGUGGAUGCUGAGGACGAUGCCGGGGCCAGGAAGGUGAGGGAGGUUCUUAUGCGGAGGAUGAGGAAGAAGGUGGUGGGUACUGGUAGUGGUGGUGGGGGAGAGGGUGGUUGGAGCUUCGCGAGGGAGGUGACGGCGCACUUUGGCAAUCUGAGUCCCUUGAUGAGGGGGUCAUUCAGGGCGCCGCCUCCCGGUACGCCGGUGGCGUAUCAUACCGACAAAGGCGAGGCGUUGGGCCAGAGGCUGGAUGACCUGGAGGACGAGGUCGCGAGGAAGAAUUUCCGGGUCGUGGUGAUUGUACCCGAUGAGGUGGAUCAGGUGGAUCUGAGCGAUGAGUUGCGGCCGAGGCGGUGGUUGUAUGUGUAUCGUGGUGAGGCGGCUGACUCGAGGCUGCCCGGCGGGGAGGUCAUCGGCGAGUGGGAGAAGGUUGAGGUGUGGCCUUAA